CGAAUUGGACAUUGGUGGGUAAAAAAAUCUUGAAGCUUCAGCAGUGAGCGGCGGAGUGCAGCAAAGAUGGUGGAAGGAUUCUUCCCCCUUCAUAGUCCAAAUGCCGAUUUCGGCCGCCGGAAUCACAGCGACUCCAUCGUCCUCCUCACCGGCCCUCCUUCCUCAGGGAAAACCUCUUUGCUGUUCAAGUACGCAUUGAACUCCGCCAUGGCGGCCGGCGGCGGCUCCGUGGUGUUCAUUUCCAGCCGCCGGAAGUUGGAGUCCAAACCCCCUUUUCUCGCUCGCGGCGUCGAAUCUUCCUCCGCCGUUUUUGAGCGGAUUCACAUCAAGUAUAUAGUUGAUGAAGAAGGGAUUAAAAAAUACUUCGCUGCAUUUCACGUUCAUGAUGCAAUCCCUGUUUUGGUCAUCAUAGAUGAUUUUGCUGAUUUCUUUGAUGAUAGAAAUUGCCAACAAAGGUACAAUAACGCGAGAGGAAAGGACUUGGCAAUGGUUCGGACUCUUGCAGUGUGUAGAAAUGCCAUUGAUUUUGCCAAAAAAUCAGGACCAUGCCAACUUCUUCUCUCUGAUACUCACCCUGGUGACUCCCCAAGGCUGCUUUACAUAUAUAAGAGAUGGGUCUCCUCCAUUUACACAAUUAGAGGGGAUGGAUUUGGGUCAUUUCUUCUUAAGAAGGGAAACAAUUUCGGUGUUGAGAAAUCUAAUGGACCAAGAACAGCGAAAUAUUCUAUAGCUCUACAGUAUUUGGUACUGGAAGGUAUUCUUGAAGACGAAGAGCAAUGAAACUCAGAAAUUUGAUUUGCUACAAAGUUUCAAGGACUCGUACCCGUGACAUCAAAGUUACACGACAACACCUUUAUUCCAUGUUUGUUUUAGGUCAUCGGAGCUGAUUCUAAUGUUUUCCAUGCAUUAAGAAUCAUAUUUUUAAGGUCGUACUUGCCGAAAUCCUGGAAAUGAAUCUUUUGGUCUUGAAACCGUUGAAAAACAGAGCAGUUGACCAAUGGAUUUAGCUGGGAAUACACUGAAACUGAAGAGCUAUCUAAGGUAAAUGAUAC